AUGGAUGAAACACCAACAAAAACUCGUCUUCAGAAGUCGAAAGAGAAGGAAUCAGUAACUGCCAAUGAUGUACCAGAAGCCGGAAAUCCGGAAAAAAAAAAGAACAACAAAUCUAAGAAGAAAAAUGCUUCUGUCUUUGAUUUUCAUAACUUGCCUGAUGAUGUUGAAGAUGAAAAAGGAGAAAGUGAUAGUGACCAACCACUGAAGGAGAUGAAAAUGAAGGAAAUAAAAGAUACUCUGAAGAGCAAGGAAUUUUUAACAUCAUUUUUACCUGCUAAUGAUGAUAACCUAGAAGAUGGAAAAGGAGAAUCUGAUGGUGACCAACAACAAAAGGAGACUAGAACCAGCGUAAAGCACGACGUUGUUAAGAAGAAAAAGAAAGUCUCUGUUUCUGAUCGGCAAGCUGAGGAGAAAUUAAUUUCGAACACUAGUGCAUCUAAAGCUACUAAGAGAAAAAAGAAAGCAGAGAAAGCUGCACCGAAGGAAGUUUUAGAUGACGAUACAGAGAAUGAGGAUGAUACAGAUGAUUUUGAGAAAGCUGCACCAAAGGAAGCUGUCAAGCAAGCUGUUGAUAAGCAAAAGAAAAGAAAAAGAUGUGAACCCAAACAAUCAGAAGUCGUGAAAAAGAAGAAGAAGGACAUGCAAAUUGAAAGUUCCGAAAGUGAAGAAGAAGAUGAAGAAGAAGAAGAACCUGAUUAG